AUGUUCACUAGUAUCAGUAGCUUGUAUUCGACUUGGAGCAAAGUGCCUAGAGGUGAAGCAAAUAAGAUGUGCCGUGGUAAGCAAAGCAGAGAAUAUAUUUAUCGAGCCAUGGCUGAAGAGAGUGUGUCGACGCAGUUUCUGUCCAACAUUAUCGGCAAGCCCGUGCAUGUGAAGCUGUACAGUGGUAUGCUGUACAGCGGAGUGCUGGAGAGCAUCGACGGGUUCAUGAACGUCGCAUUGAGCGAGACCCGUGAGCACUACGAGCAUCCAAACAACAACCUAUUGAAGAAGUACGCCAGCGAUGUGUUUCUGAGAGGUACCCAGGUGAUGUACAUCAGCGAAGCCUAG